AUGUUACAAAUCACUGUUCAUAACAUCGAAUAUGUUCCUAAUUUGGAACAUUCUUCAAAUAUUGAUCUACUAGUUACAUUUACCCUUAAAGGAGUAUCAAAACAAAUCAGUUGGCAACGAACGUCACUCGAACUUCCGAAAUUGGACCAAAAAGUCGACUUUUCUUUAAAUGGCGUGCCUUUGAAAAAUACAGAAUCAUUAGAAAUUCAUUUAGAAGAUCGUGACAAGGCCAGUUCUAAUAAACACAUUGGUCAAACUCAAUUAACGCUCAAUGAUCUUAUUCGCACCGGUCUCAUCAAACAACACGUUGUUCUCAAAAAUACAAAACUAUACUUAACAUUAGAAUAUCUGACAGAAACGUCUGAUGUUCCUAUGAACCUCAAGAACGAAAUUUUAUGGAAAUCGGAGUUAACUUCGAAUCAGCUAUUUAAAACUCGUUCAACAAAAAGUCAAGAUUUUCAAAUUCGAGUGAAAAUUUUCCAAGCUCGUCAAUUAAUCGGAAGUAACAUUCAUCCGAUUUGUCGUGUUCGGAUCUUAAAUUUAGUCAAACAAACAAAAAUUCAAACUGGUACGAAUCAUCCGUAUUUCAAUGAAGUGUUCUUUUUCAACGUAAAUCUAUCCGAAACGGAAUUAUGCGACGAAAUCAUCGAAUUCGAAGUUUGUAAUUCGCGAACACUUCGAUCGGAUAUGCAAAUCGGAGGAUUUAAAUUGGAUAUUUCUUAUGUUUAUUCUCAAAUCAAACAUUCGAUUAAUCGGAAAUGGUUGUUAUUGUGUCAUGAAGAUCAACGAAUGAUUGCAGGAAAAGGUUAUUUGAAAGUUUCAGUUAAUAUUUUGGGACCAGGUGAUGAAGCACCAUCGCAAGAAAACGAAGAUGAUGAUGAUGAUAUUGAAAGUAAUGUUUUGAAACCAACAGGACUAAUGCUUCGACCAGCAACAUUCGUUUUGAAAGUUUACAAAGCGGAAGAUUUACCACGAAUGGAUAGUGCAUUUUUGAAUGGAGUUAAAAAGAUCUUUCAUACAGCAGAAGACGUCAAAGAAUUAAUCGAUCCCUAUGUGAAAUUUUCGUUCGCUGGUCAACAGGUAUCUCAAUUGAUUGAUAUAAUUGAUAAUCGAAAGGAAAUUUCUAUUAAGAUUUCAUCAAAAAUUGUCUAUACAUGCUCACAUCCGGAAUUCAAUCAAGAACUUCGACUUGGCCUAAAAUUUCCAUCAAUGUGUGAUAAAAUAACUCUGACGAUCAUAGACUGGGAUCGUUUACAAUUCGAUGAUGUGACAGGAACAACUUUAUUACAUGUUCGAUCGAUUUGUGACGAUCGAGGAAAUGGUUUUCUUCCAACGUUCGGCCCAUGUUGGAUAAAUUUUUACGGUGCACCGCGUGAAUAUUCCGGACUUCCUACAGCUUUGGAUGUACUAAACAACGGCAAAGAUGAAGGUGUUGCUUAUCGUGGUCGAUUAUUCAUCGAGUUGCAAACACUUGUCGGCGAAACACCAAAAGAAACUAUCAGCGACUUGUCGAAUUCCGAUUUGAUUCGUACGUUACCAUAUCAAUCCCGUAAGAAGUACAAAUUACAUGCGGCAUUUCUCGAUGCGUCAGUGUUAUAUGAUCACGAAUCGAGUGUUGAAUUUGAAAUGAGUAUUGGAAAUUAUGGUAAUAAAUUUGAUAAUCCCAUGGAGAAUGGAACUUGUUCGACAACUCCACCAACCAAUCCAGUAUUUGAUGGGACAGCUUAUUAUUUCCUUCCGUGGGAACAUACGAAACCAUGUGUGCAAGUGACGAGUGAAUGGGAAGAUAUCAACUUUCGUUUAGAAGCAAUGAAUCAAAUCUUGAAAAUCAAAUUAUUCAUUAAUGGGAUUUUAUCAACAUUGGAUUUAUUGAAAAUCAAGAGAUUAUCGGAAGAAGUUCUUCUUCGAAGUUAUAAACAAUCGUUAGAUAUGAUCAUAUUGCAUUUAAAAAAACCUUUGCCGGAUUUUGAACCAGGUCGAUACUAUAUCAAUGAACUCGAUCGACUGAGACGUCAAAUGCGCGAAAAAGAUUUGAUGGAUAUGGUUAACAAAUUGGAAGAUUUGAAGCUUCGGGCGAAAAAUUCGGAAGAAAUCAUCCAAACAAUGGAGGAUAUUCGACAAAAGCUUGAACAUCUUCAAUUAGAACCGCAAAAUAGUAUUCCAGAUGUGAUUAUUUGGUUAUUGGCAAAUGGGAAACGUUAUGCGUAUUAUCGUUUGCCGGCAAAUGAAGUGUUCUAUUCGACGAAUGCGGACCGGCGUGGACAUCUUUGUGGAAAAGUUCAGACGAUAACAUUAAAGUGGCCUGGAAAGCAGAAAGAUAUCGAAAAAGACAAACGGUUUUUUAUUCCAGCGGAAAUUCGAGUGAAAAUUUGGUUUGGACUAUCAAUCUAUGAACAAGAUUGGUUAUCACAACAGAAAGGAGCGGAUUUAGCAAUUUACGCUGAAACCUACGAGAAUCAAACGAAUGUUCUCGGUCAAUGGACAACAACAGGACCAUUAAUGACUCGACCAAUGUGGUCAGAUGUAACAGGAAAUAUGAGUUUAUUAAAACAAAAUUUUAAAGUUCCAGACGGAUGGCGAUGGGAUGGUGAUUGGUAUAUCAGUCCAGAAAUAAGUGCGCGAUAUGCAGAUGAUGCUGGACAUAGAAAAUUUACUGAAGAAGUUUAUGAACAUCAAUAUCGUCUCAUUGCUGGAGCACAAUGGCAACCCAAAGCAAUUGGAUGGACUGAUUUAGUUGGCGAUAAAGUAGCAAGUAAAGAUGAACGAAAUGAUCCACCGGAAGGAUGGGAAUGGGAAGAUAAUUGGACAAUUGAUACAAAUCGAGCUGUCGAUGAAGAAGGUUUUGAAUAUUCUGUCAAUCAAACAUUGAGUGGUUGGUGUCCAGUAGAGAAAAUAUUCCAUUUAACACGUCGACGACGUUGGUAUCGAACUCGAAUUCUUAAAGAAGAUCCGAAUGUUCUCGAAAGAAAAAAACGAGCGAUGACAAAUGUCUCAACGAAUGGCGGAUGGGAAUAUGCACCGAUGUUCAAUUUGAAAUUUCACGCCGAUGAACGUAGUUUGGACAUGACACGUCGAAGACGAUGGCAUAGAAAAAUGGUUCCUGAUAAUUCACUUAUCGAUACAAAUCUUCCAAAUCACGGAACUGUCGCGAAUACGGAUAUCGUCUUCCGAAUGCAAACUCGAAUUUCGAAACCAAAACCGAAUGAUCCGUCACCACCGAAGACGAAGGAUAUUAAAAUUGAAUUAACUGCACCAAGAAUGUUUCUUAGUUUCAAAAAACCGUAUUAUUAUGAGCUUCGAGUUUAUCUCUAUCAAGCAAGAGACCUUCUUUCGAUGGAUUACGAUAGUUUUUCAGAUCCAUAUGCACAAAUUGGUUUUAUCAAUCAGAGUCAACGUACUGAAAUUAUUCAAAAAACGUUGUGUCCAACAUGGGAUCAAACUUUGAUCUUUUCCAAUGUGGAAUUGUACGGUGAACCAGAUGAAAUUCAUCAUAAUCCUCCAAAUAUUCUUAUUGAAUUGUUCGAUAAAGAUGAAUAUGGUAGUCCGGAUUUUCUCGGUCGUGUUCAAUGUUCUCCCGUAGUUCGCUUAACGCCUGACGAAACAAAACCAAUCGUCAAAUUAAAAUGGUUACAAAUCAUGCGAGGAAAUGAUCCAGCCGGAGAAUUAUUAGCCGCAUUCGAAUUAUUCUUAUUACCCGAAAAUGACUCGGGAAAAACAAUGCCUCCGUAUCCACCACAACGUGGUUCAUUGUACAUGGUCCCUGAAUCCAUUCGGCCUAAACUCGUUCGAACAGGAAUUGAGAUUCUCUGUUGGGGUGUGAGAAAUAUGAAAACUUUCAUGUUAUCGGAUAUCGAUUGUCCUCAAGUGGUCUUCGAAGUCGGUGGACAACAGAUCGAAUCUACAAUUAUCAAAAAUGCAAAGAAAACACCGAAUUUUGACAAACCUUUAUUAUUUCUGGAUGUAAUGUUACCUAUAGAAGAUUUAUACACACCACCAAUGAAUAUUAAAGUACGCGAUCAUCGUUCAUUCGGAAGAAAACCAAUUGUUGGAUAUCAUAUUAUCAAAUCCUUGGAAACAUUUCGUUGUGAUCCAAAGAAACCGUCGUUAACUUUGAUGCAAACAUCGAGAAUACCCGCUGAGGAUCUUUCCAAAACGAAUGUUAGUAUGGCUCAACCAAAGAAGAAACAUCGAAAAAAGAAAUUUCAUUUAUCAAAAUCACAAAAUGACUCUUCAAUCGAUACAAAGCCUACAGAAGAUGAAACAAAAUCAGUUGAUAAAAAGACAAUGAAAAAACGAAUUAAAAAUUUUCUAAAAAACCAUAAUUUAUCGCAUUCACCAAUGAAAACCGAGUCGAAAUUAUCGAAAAUUCAAAAACUAAUUCUCAAAUCUCACCAAUCCUAUCAAAGUCUUCUCUCCAAUGAAACCAUUCGUGAAGACGAUAUCGAUUGGUGGUCGAAAUAUUACGCAUCGAAAGGACAAUCGGAUAAAUGCGGAACUUAUCUCGACAAACAUUACGAAACAUUAACGAUUUAUCCAUAUUCACUCGAAUCAUUUGAAUUUUACGAAGGCUUCAAUGACUUUUGUCGAAAUUUUAAAUUAUAUCGUGGAAAGACAAAAUUCGAAGAAGAAAAUGAAAUCGUUGGUGAAUUUAAAGGUCUUUUCAAAGUUUAUACCUUGUCGGAAAAUCCCAAAGAUGCUCUUCCACACCGUCUGAUGUCAAAUUUUCCAUCGAACAAUGUGGAAGAAUGUUUAAUUCGUAUUUAUAUCAUCCGGGGUAUCGAUUUACAACCUAAAGAUUCCAAUGGCAAAUCCGAUCCUUAUAUCGAAAUUCAAUUGGGUAAAAUUCGACUCGAUAAUCGAGAUGAACGAAUUCCGAAUACAACAAAUCCAGUCUUUGGAAAACUUUUUGAAAUUAAAACACUAAUCCCAUUAGCCAAAGAUCUAAUUAUUCGAAUAAAAGAUUGGGAUUUGAUUUCGUCGGAUGAAAUCAUCGGUCAAACAACAAUCGAUUUAGAAAACCGAUUACUAAGUAAAUAUCGUGCAACAUGUGGAUUACCAUUACAAUACAAUAUAACCGGUCCAAAUCAAUGGCGAGAUAAUGCUCGACCAAAGAAAAUUCUUUACGAUGUUUGUAAACGAAAUUAUUUGCCUUUACCUGAAUUGCUUGAUAGUCAUUCGAUUCAAAUCGGAGAUUCGAUUUUCCGUUUAGAAGAUUUCGAACAAGAAAAACAUUUAUCAACCCAUGUUGGAGAAGACGAAGAACGUUUAGCUUUGUAUAUUUUACAUAAACUUCAACUUUGUCCUGAACAUAUUGAAACUCGGCCGCUUUAUAAUUCAUUACAACCACUGAUUGAACAAGGUCGAUUGGAAUUAUUCGUAGAUAUUUUCCCGCUAUCGCAAGGACCACCAGGACCUCCUUUUGUCGUCACACCACGGAAGCCCAAACCUUAUAUCCUUCGUUGUAUCAUCUGGAACACAAGUGAAGUGAUUUUGCAAGAAACAUCGAUUACAGGAGAACAAAUGUCUGAUAUUUAUGUGAAAGGAUGGAUGACGGGAAAAGAAGAUGAUAUACAAAAGACAGAUGUUCAUUAUCGGUCAAUGGAUGGCGAAGGAAAUUUUAAUUGGCGUUUUGUUUAUGAAUUUGCGUAUUUUCCUGCAGAACAAUGUUUAUCAAUUAACAAAAAGGAACAUUUUUGGAGUUUGGAUACCACAGAAUUGAAACUUCCACCAGUAUUGAAUCUUCAAAUAUGGGAUAAUGAUAAAUUUAGUUCAGAUGAUUUUCUCGGUGCAUUAACACUUGAUUUAAAUCAUUUGUGCAAACCCGCGAAGGACGCUGAUGAUUGUACGUUGAAUAUCUUAGAUGAUCAAACGUCGAAUGGUGUUUCAAUCUUUGAUAUUAAACGUUUAAAAGGUUGGUGGCCUUGUGUUGAUCUUCACGACGGAAAGUCACAAUUAACUGGAAAAAUUGAAAUUGAAUUGGAAAUUUUAACUGAAGAAGAAGCGUUGGAACGACCUGCAGGACGUGGACGAGAAAAACCUAAUCAACAUCCAACAUUAGAAUUACCACAACGUCCUGAAACAUCUUUUCUUUGGUUUACAUCUCCAUAUCUUACAUUUAAAAAUAUUAUAUGGAAAAAAUCGAAAUGGUAUCUUUUGGGUCUCUUAUUAUUAACUUGUUUUGUUAUAUUUGUACUUCUAUUUCUUUGGUCUAUGCCGAAUGCCAUUUUAACACGCUUUCUGCGUACAUCUUGGUGA